AUGGAGUUCCCGGGGCACGGCGGGCGGCUGCUGGGCCGCCUGAGGCAGCAGCGCGAGCUCGGCUUCCUCUGCGACUGCACCGUGCUGGUGGGCGACGCGCGCUUCCCGGCCCACCGCGCCGUGCUGGCCGCGUGCAGCGUCUACUUCCAUCUCUUCUACAGGGACCGGCCCGCGGGCAGCCGCGACGCGGUGCGGCUCAACGGCGACAUCGUCACGGCGCCCGCGUUCGGCCGCCUGCUGGACUUCAUGUACGAGGGCCGCCUGGACCUGCGCGGCCUCCCCGUGGAGGACGUGCUGGCCGCCGCCAGCUACCUGCACAUGUUCGACAUCGUCAAGGUCUGCAAGGGUCGGCUCCGGGGCGAGGACCGCGCGCUGCCUCCGGAGGCGCCCGCGCCGGUCUCAGAGCCGCUGGGCCGGCCCCCACGCCCCCUGCCUGCCUGGACCCACCCCGAGCUCUGCCCCACCGCCCGGAAGGCCCGGCUGCCCGCGGCGGGGGUCGAGGCCUCUCUCCCUCCGGGCGCGCGGGCGCCUCCGCCCUACCAGGCCCCAGGACAGCCGGACGGGGCUCUGGACCUGUCGCUGAAGCCGGAGCGGAGGAGGGAGCCAGUCCACACGCCCUGCGCCCCCCAGACACCGCCCUGCGCUUGGGUGCAGCCAGGGGCGCGGCCGCUGGUGAAGGACGAGCGGGACUCCCUGUCGGAACAGGACAGCGCGGGCCCCCUGCGCCCCCGCAGUCCCCUGCGGCCGCCCUGCGCCCCCGCCGCCCGCCGCCCGCCGCCUGGCGUGGAGCCGCUGCCGGUCAGCGGGCUGGGCGCAGAGCCGGGCGCCCACGAGGACGAGCGGGCGCCCGGCGGCCGCCGCCUCUGCGCGUGCCCGCUGUGCAGCGAGCUGUUCCCCAGCGCCCACGUGUUGCAGCUGCACCUCAGCGCCCACUUCCGCGAGCGGGACGGCGCCCGCGCCCGGCUCUCGCCCGACGGCGCCGCGCCCACCUGCCCGCUCUGCGGGAAGACCUUCUCCUGCGCGUACACGCUGAAGCGGCACGAGCGCACUCACUCGGGCGAGAAGCCCUACACGUGCGCGCAGUGCGGCAAGAGCUUCCAGUAUUCGCACAACCUGAGCCGCCACGCCGUGGUGCACACCCGCGAGAAGCCGCACGCCUGCCGCUGGUGCGAGCGCCGCUUCACGCAGUCCGGGGACCUCUACCGCCACGUCCGCAAGUUCCACGGCGGCCUGGUGUGA